GGUAGUUAGCCGAUUUCAGAUAUCUAUUUCCUUUUCAAAACGAGUUCAGGGGCUUCGCAUGUUAGUUCUGAAAGUACUUGUCUAUUCUAAACGGUUCAUAUGUGCUACAGGGAAAAUAUUUUUGCCAUUUUAUUUUUCCUGAUCCAGAAUGUAAAUUGCUGACAGAAAUUGAAUCAACGCAGAGGUUCAGCCACAAUAUGAUCACAAUGCGAGAGAGCCCUCGGAGACCAUUGAUCCUCAAGCGGAGGAAACUGCCAUUUCAAAGAAUUGAGCCAGAUGCUGGGCAUGAUGAGCCAGACGGGCCGCAACGUAAGGAUGUUGUUUCUCCGUCCAGUGCUCAGUGCUUUACGGAUGGCAUUCGAAUCAUGGAUCACCCAAGCAUGCCUGACACUCAAGUGGUUGUCAUUCCUAAAACUGCAGACCUGAAAAGUGUGAUUGGCGCUCUUACUGCCAAAGGAAAGGAGUGUGGUCCUCAAGGGCCGAACAAGUUCAUUCUCCUGAGUGGCAGUGGAACUCUUGAUGAAGAGGUGGAGUCUCUUUGCCUGCCCGCAGUAGACACGACUGGGAAACCAUGCCAAGGAGACUUGGUAUCCCCCUCUAUGUUAAAAGAAGGCACACAGGUGGAGUGUUUAACAGACAGCAAGUCUCUAACCACAAUUAAGCCAUUAAACAAGGAGCUAGAGUGCAGCCCACUGGAUGACAGCUUGACCAACAUUCAAUGGCUCGGACGGAUGAGCACAGAUGGUCUUGGACCUGAUGAUGCUGCAAAGAAAGUCUCGGACAAGGAGAACCAGGAGUCCUGUCAGCAACUUCCACAGCUGCCCAGAGAGACUGAAGGCAACGUCAACGACCCACAGUCAGAAAGACCUCCGUACUCCUACAUGGCUAUGAUUCAGUUUGCCAUCAACAGCAAGAAAAACAGGCGGAUGACGCUAAAGGAAAUCUACACUUGGAUCGAAGACCACUUCCCGUACUUCAGAAAUGUAGCCAAACCAGGCUGGAAGAACUCCAUUCGCCACAACUUGUCCUUACAUGACAUGUUUGUGCGCGAGACUGCUCAAGAUGGCAGGGUCUCAUAUUGGACCAUUCGCCCAGAGGCCAACCGAUGUCUCACCCUGGACCAGGUGUACAAGCCUGUGGUUGACCCCACCACCCCUUCCUCCCUCCAGACCUUGCAGGUCUGUGACUCACAACAACAGAAAAGGGUCUCUUCAGAGCUGAAGAGGACGGCGGCAGCAAUAGUGCCUUCAGAGAGAAAGAUGAAGCCUCUUUUGCCCCGGACGGACUCCUACUUUGUUCCGAUCCAACUGCCCCUGACCUCCCCACUGUUUUUACCCACGUCAGCGCAGUUCUCUCUGGCAGGCUCGCAACCCACCUGUGGCUCCUACGGUGCAGGGAAGAGGGUCCGCAUUGCUCCAAAGGAGACGGUAAAGGAAGAGCCCCAGAGCCUGGCCAUCAUCAGGGAGAGCAUCAUGGUGACUCCUGCCCUCAGCAGCACGGCUAGGCGCGAGUCCAGCAGUUCGCGCCGCAAGCAGCGCCUAGUCCUGCCCUCCACGGAGGAGCCUGUCCUGCUCUUCCCCGACAGCACUUUCUUCGACUCGGGCGUCGCCUCUGACAACUCGGUCUUCCAGGACACACGGGAUGGCGAAAUCAGCCAGCAUCAUCACCAACCCCAGCACCAGCAACAGAAUCAGGCACCAUUGCCGCUACCUAGCAUUGCUGAGCCUGACAGCCCUUACCGGGAGUACACCUUCAAGACGCCCAUCAAGAGCGCCGCCCAGCCGGCCUCGUCUACGCCCAGCAAGCUGCCCACCGUGCCCGAGCCUUGGAGGGUGACGCCACUGGGCAAGAUCAACCGCAAUGUGCUGGACUUCAGCCCCAUCCGUACGCCCACGGGCCCCGUGCUCACGCCGCAGCGCUACGACCACCACAACACCUUCAGCUUCAGCAGUACGCCCUUCAAGGAGCUUCCGCUCUUCAGCUCGCCCCGGGAGCUGCUGAGCUCAGGGCAGGCUGGGAGGGGCUCCUCUUCCACCUCCACGCCGGCCUGCUCUCGAGAGCUGCUCCAGAUGGGCGGGUGCCCGUCGAGCCUGGCCAACCGCUCCCUGACGGAGGGCCUGGUGCUGGACACCAUGAACGACAGCCUGAGCAAGAUCCUGGUGGACAUCAGCUUCUCGGCCCUGGACGACGAGGAGCUGGGCGUGGGGAAUAUCAGCUGGUCACAGUUCAUUCCGGAACUCAAGUGAAACACCCCCAAGCUCUCCAUUGGAGACGGAGUAUCCUCCUGACUUUUUUCUUUUCUACUGUUCUGAGCUGCUCACACAUUUGUCUGUCUUUUGAAACUCUGGUAUGUUUUUGCUUCUCAGUUUCAUUUUUUUUUUUUUUUUGUCUGUGUUUUUCAAGCUUGUGUCACUGCCCGUCUCUACUUACUGUUGCAUGUGUGUGGGAAUGUCUGUGCCUGUUGUAAAUGUUAUACCCAAGUACUUUCUUCACUGCCACCACAUACAGUUGUCUUUUGGCCUUGAAGUCAGUAAAACUAAAGGUGCACUCCAUCCAUUGGCCCGUAUCUUUUUACGUUCUGUUUUGCAGAUCAGAAAUAUCUUGUAUUUUACGCCCUAGACAGAGUCCUUCGUCCUAUCUGUUGUGAUUUUUAAGUUAGAUUUUAUUUCUUCCAUAUUAUAUUCCGGUUUAGCAGGGCCAUCAUAUUUAUUGAAAUUUAUAUUCGCCUAUCCGGAUAACAUUUGAUAGAUGCGUAUUGGUUGGAGUGCACCUUUUUAAAACAAGCUAAACAUAACAGAGAGAAUGUAGAUAGAUUGACUUUGAUUUUGCACAUUUUUGUAAUAUAUGUAUCUAGCUGUUUAAAUGUAAAAUUCAUAUCAUUUUGAUUUUUCACUGCCAGAGAAGACACUAUGCUAGCUAAGAAAUAAUAAUAAUACAAGAAAAAUGUAUGCUUUGGCUGAAAAUGGGAGAGCUGCCAGAUUGUAAAAAUAUGUGAAAAUAGAAAAUAGAAAGACAGUAAAAAGGACAAUAUCUAGGAAGCAAUCCAAUAAAACAUCCCAUUUUUCAAAUGGCGUGAAACACAGACAGAGUUUUGAUGUGUGGUGGAAUCUGAAUGGUAUUCAUUUGUUUUGGUGCACUUUUUCACCUUUUAGCUAGUUUUGUGUAGCCUGGUAUUACCAUUCCUUGCCCCAAUUUCAUUAUUAAUGGAAUUAGUAUGAAGAGAUGGUAAAACCAGGCUCAGUUUUGUGUGACUUCACAUCAAUAAUGCUUGUCCUGUUGAACGUUUGUUACAAAUGAUCUUAGCAAUUACCUGAGUCAGCGUUAAGUAACCCACUAUUGUUGCCUCUCCUACAUGCCUGGUUCUUCUCUCAAUAAAUCAGUGUACUGUACAUCAACUCAUGAGUAAGAAACUGAUGUUGGGCUAUUCUAUAUCGUUUCAUAUCAUUGUAUAGAUAUGCAUGUUGUAGUCAUGCAGUGUUAUUGGGCAAUACCUAUGACUUAUGUUUUGCAUAUCCAAGGCAGUGACAGUGUUAUGGUGGCAGUGUUGUGUUUUUGUUCUAUGUUGCCUAUAAUACACAUGCAAUAUUGUCUGGCCGAACUUUUGGCAAAAAAAAAAAAAAAACAAGAUUAGCAUACGGUCUAACCAUGGGUCCCUGUAACCAUGUAUGUAACUAAGAGGUUAGGUUAGGCACAAGAAACCUGGGUGUCAUUUUGUGCAGUUGUAAACUUUUGUAGCCAUAUGUAACACACGUGUAAAGCCAUAAACAUCACUCAGCUGAAGAGAGUGGGGGGGAAUUCAAUUAUCCACAGUGGUAGCAGCUUCAACUGUUCCCAGGCACGCAUAUAGUGCUAUAUUUGUCAUGUCAUACUUUUCAUUACACUAGUGUUGCGUGCAUGCAUAAUACUUGUGUGGUUGAAUGGUUUAGAGUACUAGCACUUAUUUUUUUCCAUAAAGUGUGUUUUUUUCUGUCUUUCUGUUUGAGAUGAAGGUUUUGUUACCCCCACCCCCUAAACAAAAGUGUAUAAAAAGCUAGACAAGGCUGUACUCGUGUCUGGAUUUAGUCACUAGUGUCAUAUGGUGAGAAUGAGAUUAAAUUAAAGGAUUUUAUCUUGA